AGCUGUGGCUUUUUCGCCAGUCUGGCGCCGUGUUGGAGCGAAGCGCUCACCGUAUGGCAUUGCUGGACGUGCAGUUGCUCGACUCGCUGCCCGCGGUGCUGGCCCUUCUCGAUCCUGUGAGCCUGGCUGCUGCCAGGCAGAGCUGCACGGGGCUCUCCUCGCAGGGGUGUUCCGAGGAGCUGUGGGAGAGGCACUGUCUGGCGCGGUACUGGCGUCUGAAGUCCUGUGGGCCAGCCGUCCAGGUGACCACCUGGCGCUGCCUCUACAGUGAGUUUUCGAAGCUCACCUCGGAGGAGCGCUGGGAGGCGGAGUGGACUGGCGGGGGCUUCGAGGCAAUUUCGGAGUCCGAGUGGUUUGCUGGCUCGCCAGUGCCGAGGACCAAUCGCAGCAGCGAGGUGCGGUUCUCGGUGGGCCAGGUGAUCCUCAAUCGCUCUGGCCCGUACAGAGGGGUGGUCGCGGGCUGGGACGAAAUCACCAAGGUGCCGAAAGGUUGGCCAUCACUUCGAAGAGAUCGGCAGCCUUGGCUGUCCAAACCGCAUUAUUCCAUAUUGGUGCACGGUGGGGGCUCCACAUAUAUCGUGGACGACAAUUCGGAGCUUGAUCGAGUUCCUGGCGAAGUGAGCCAUCCUUCCGUGCAGCAGCUGUUUCUUCGCUUCAACGGUCAGGUAUACGAGCCUUCGGAGGCUCUCCGCUCCGCGUACCCUGAGGACGACGCACUGGGACCACUGCUGGCAAGACGAUUCUGCAAUGCGUGUGGAGCAGAGGGCGCCAAAUUCGAUUGCGGCAUCUGCAGAGUGGUGCGCUAUUGCUCGCAGGAGUGCCAGCAGCAGGCAUGGCUGCAGCACCAGCACGUUUGUCGACCGGCGCGAGCAUGACAAAGUACGCAGGUUGGCCAGAGCAUUGGCGGCGGUGCAAGCAUUCGGGAUCACGAGGGCAGAGGCUUUUGACAGUGCCAGUGUGCUAGUGCGUGGUUGCAGAUUGGGAGGCCGCCCUGAUGGUAUGGCAUCGGCAAGCCGAUGGCUGGGGAGGGGAGGAG